UUAACACAAAAAUAAAACUUGUAAUAGCAUGUAAUCCACGCACUGGUUGUCCUUCUAGACGUAUUAGCAUGCUAGCUGGUUCGGAUCAUCUUGGGAAGGCCGAUUCCAUAAAUCGAUUCUAAUUAUGCGACACUGAUUUUUCAUUUGGGCCUAACUGACAUUUUCGAGUUCUCUUCAUCGAUCCUCUCUUUGUGUUAUCACAGAAUGUGUAUUGAGUUUUCCAAAGAUUUUUUGGUCGAAAUGCGAAGAAGACGACUACAUGUUGCUAUAGAAACAAAAAGAAUAAUGAUUUUGUUUGUUUUGAUCAAGUUAUUAGCGAAAGAGAGAGUCGACGAAAAGAAAUCGAUCAAGUCAGUUAGGCCCUUAUGAAAAAUCAUUGUCGAAUGGUCUCGUGAUGGUCGCGAUUAUUCGCAGGACUUUUCUACCACAAAUGUCGGCUUGUUGAAGCAUAAUGGCCCUGGAAUGUGUGUUGCGUCAGAAAAUUAGGAACUGUGCAGAGCUGUACGCUACUUAUCAAUUAAUUAAUGUACUUCACAGUAACAAAUAUGGUACGCCAACCAACCUUAGAUUGGGAACCACUACUCGUCGGCCCAACGCCGUCGGAUACGAACGUGUUGUUCAGUAGUAGUUAACUCGUCCGUCGCUAAGAUAACCACCGACUGAGCACGUCGCGUCUCUAUGUACGUUUCGCUGCUCCCGCAGCCAAACAACAAUGAUGAACAAUUUAAUGCUGCGUUAAGAACAUCUUCUUCAUGUGCCAUGUUUUCCAUGGAAAAUGGUUAGAUCAUUAUUGCAGAAAAAAAUGUGCUACACGAAUUUCCGCAUCACACAUUUGAUAUUCGGGGUUAUCAUACUGGCGACCAUAAUAUUUUAUUCCACGCUGAACAGUCGACAGUUUGACAUACCGCCUCUAAAACGGUACUCGGAGUUACGUUCCAAUAGUUCGGAUAAGUACUAUGCCGCAUUUCAAGUGGCAAACUCUACAUCACGGACGGUGCAACAGUUGCGGCAGGAGAAGCAACCAAGUAGAAAGAAUUGUGGAUUCUUCACUUUCCUAGCGAAUGGCUGUGGUUCAUCAACUAACAUUACAAACGUGCUGCGGAAGCUAGGCGAAGCGACACUAAUUUCCAAUGAAUCUACGGUCAAAGUAGACACGGAAAAUGAUAACAUACAACGAAUAGACAAAGUAUCGGAAUCACAGCAGGCGGUGGAUGAGGUCAAGAAGAUGAUCAUACCUACCAGUAAAAAUGUAACAUCCACGGCCAAACCGGUUCCGGUGAAACCCGUUGACAUCACGACGGAAAAAGUAGUUAAGACUAAAGAUAUUUACGAACGAGGUCACAUGAAUGACCCGGCCACUAUUACCAACAUUUGUCCGAACAAAGGAGCCGAUGUGAAUCUGCUUAUUCUGGUCACAUCGGCUCCGACGCAUCGCGAACAAAGGUUGUCCAUCAGGCAGUCCUGGGGACACUACGGCAUCCGCCGAGAUAUAUCGAUCGGAUUUGUGUUGGGCCGCACGUUGGACCAGCGUAUUGAGGAUCAACUGUCGGCGGAAAACUACAUGUACAGUGAUAUUAUUAGAGGAAAUUUUAUCGACAGCUACCGAAAUCUUACACUAAAGACGUUAUCACUCCUCGAAUGGACGAGCACCAACUGUCCGAAUGCAACCUAUCUGCUUAAAACCGAUGACGACAUGUUCAUAAAUGUGCCGAAGCUACUGCAAUUUAUCGAGUCUCACUUGAGCUACAAACGGUCCAUUUUUGGACGUUUGGCCAAGAAAUGGAAACCAAUCCGGAACAAGAAGUCCAAGUAUUACGUCAGUCCGGAGCAGUAUUUUCCACCAGUAUUUCCACCUUUUACUACCGGUCCAGCUUAUCUAAUGACAUCAGAUAUCAUUGUGGAGUUAUACAAUAAAUCGUUAUCACAAACUUACCUCAAGCUGGAAGAUGUAUACACAACUGGAAUAGUAGCGCAACUGCUAAACAUUCAUAGAAUAAACAUAAAGGAGUUUUUAAAUAGACGCAUUGCUUUUAAUCAGUGUAACAUUAAAAAAUCUAUCAGUAUACACAUGGUGAAGACAAACGAACAAUAUGAUCUGUGGAAAAAACUAUCCGACAACAGUGUACAAUGUAAAUAAAGCUGUAGUUAUAAUUUAUAAUAAACAAUUAUUUUAUAAAAAAAAUA